AUGUCAGAUGGGCCGGCUACUCAUCUGCUAUCGUUGAAGGUAAUGCGGGUGUCUAGGCCCACAUUAGCUAGCGCAUGGCAGCCAUUCUACUCGUCAUCCCCCUCAUUCUCAGCACAUUCCACUUCUUCAAUCUUGUCUCUACAAGGAACAAACCCACUUCCCGGCUAUCCAAAGACUCUUCGAGAUCUAACACAAGCAUCGGAGCUCCUGACUUUGCCAUUUGGUUCGCUUCAAUUAGGAGAAACUUUUUCUAGUUGUCUGUCCGUAAAUAAUGAGGCAACCACAGAAAUAGACUCUGUCGCUUUGAAAGUGGAAAUGCAAACAGGGACCGAUACAAGUCUAUCUCCAGGAGACACACUAGAGAACGUCGUCCAUCAUGAAAUCAAAGAAUUGGGUCAACAUGUUCUUGCAUGCACCGUUUCCUAUCGGUUCAAUCCACAGAGCUCUCGCACUGCGCCUACGUCUGAAGAAACUUCUGAUUCCAAUAUUCUCACGUUCAGGAAGUUCUAUAAAUUUGUCAUUACGAAUCCUCUCUCUGUCAAGACCAAAGUACACGCUCCCAGAUCCCCUUCAGCCCUAAUGGUGCCUUCCGAACGUAAUAAGGUUUUUCUCGAAGUCCAUAUUCAAAAUCUCACUCUGGAGUCAAUUUGGUUUGAGCGGAUGCAUUUUGAGGCCGCAGAGGGCUGGGAUGCACGCGAUGCGAAUCUAGUCAACGUCAACGGGGAACAACAAUCUCUGUACAUGGGCUCGACUGCGUUGAUGCAACCACAGGACAUGCGACAGUACAUCUACAUUCUCAGCCCGAAAUCUAUUCACCUCGAACCAGUAGUGUACUCCCCAGGUGCCCCUGUUCAACCUCAACCUGCUUCUGCUCUUCCCCCUUAUUUGACAAGACAAAGCACAUCUGCAACUCCUCCAGCACGACCUAGGUCACCACAACUCGUUCAAUCUCGUCCCAGUUCUCCGACGCCACGAUCCAGUUCUCCUGUACCAUAUAGAGCUCGGGCGUCUUCCGUAGUUUCGGGAUUUUCGCAAAUUCCUCUAUCACCGCAACCGCCCGCUAGCGUCAUCCCCACUACGACUAUUGAAGCGCAUUUGCUCGUAAGAGAUAUCGCGCACAGUACUAUCGCUGUCGGAAAAAAAUUUCUAACAUCAGAUAGGCAACGACAAAAAUUACAAUUGUCUCUGGUGAUACAGCAUAUAGGGUUUCCUCCGACGUCAGGUUUUGCUGGUUUUACCGUCCCCAAACCCGCACAAUUACGGCCGCUGGACUCUUCAUCACUGAGCCCUCGUUCUCUAUCCUCUUCCCCAUCCCCGACCUGCACUACAUUCAACUACCCACUUGCCCAUCAAAAGCUCCUCGAAGCGUCGCAAGUACGAUCGGCAACCAGAGAAUCUUCAAUAGAUGGACCUCUCAAACCUUCCGAGAAUAUGAAAUCUUUACCUCCACCUUAUUUCGAAAAGGUGGACGAGUCAAAGAGGCUUAAGAUGACUAUGGUGACGUUCAGUGGUCCAUCAGCCAUUGUCUUACCUCCUAUUGAGCUGGUACCUUCAUCCAAAUCCUAUACCAGUGAAUCGUCGGAUUCACAGCCAGGGGUAUUGCGCCCAACGUUGAAACAUCAGGCAACGCUUGAUUUCGAAUUGGAUUAUGUUGCGCUGCGGAGAGGAUUUGCGAUGGUGGGAGGUCUGAGGUUAGUCGGUGAAAAGUUUGUUGGUGAUGAUGCGGACAAGGAGGAUGACGAUGAUGGGCAGAGCCUUGUUCCAAAGAUCCUGGAGAUCAGAUCUUUGAAGGAGUGGAAUGUUGUUGCUGAGGUGUUGGUAUCUUAA